GCCACCGCUGUCUGGGCUCUCGCUCCGACUCUCCGCUGCCCAUCUGUGUUCGCCGAGCUGCUGGUGAAGUGAGUGGCGGCCGAGGAAGCGUGCCGCCCCUGCCACUGUUUGUGUGUGCGUGGCCUCGAGCCUUUCAUAGCUGACGUAGAAGUGAAAAGAUACAAGUAGUGUCCAUACAAGGAAGCAGAAAAAGCAAAGAAAACACAAACACACACACCACCAUGUUUGGAAAGACGGUGGAUGACUCGUGAGAAGGGAGAAAAACAGCAGGUGUCUGUGUGUGCGUACGUGUGUCUGUGUGUGUGCAUCAGAAAACGAAGAUGGUGAUAAUGAUGGUGUAGAUGCCGAGGUGGACUAGUGCUGACCUCCCUCAUCUCAGCACAUCACAUCACAUCCACCCACUGACUGACUGCUGACGCGCCCUUGAACUCAGCAUCAGCACCAACACACACUUACACACACAGCACUCAGCACCACCCACUCCGUUCCUCCAUCCACUGCUUGCUGACUUGCUGAGGAGGUGUGUGGUGACCAAGGAUUAAAAGUGAAAGUUACCUGGAUUUACCUGUGCCAUGGGAUAAAAGUGAGAGUUACCAAGAUUUACCUGUGGCUGAGGAUUACAAGUGAAAGUUACCUGGAUUUUCUUAUGGACGUGUUACCUGUGUGUGAGGCUUGAUUGACCUCCCUCACCUGGAUUUACCUGCCGAGGGAUAAGAUUGGAUUUACCUGCCCCUGAGGAUUGGCAAGAGGAGUGGAGUUGGAUAGUGUGUGUGUGUGACCUGCACCACUAACCACUACUACUACUACUACUACUACUACUACUACUACUCACCUUGCCUUCAGUUUCAGUCUCCUCCUCCUCCUCGUCAUCGUCCUCCUCCUCAUCAUCAUUGUAUUCAUCUCUCCUUACUCUCUCAAGAAGUUUCCGCGUUCUCCCUCUCUCUCUGUUUUAUUUUUCUUCAUUUCUUUCUUUUUCUCUUUAUUUCGUUCAUCUUGUUUAGUUGUCAUUUUCUUCUUUCUGCCUUCCUUCUUCCUUCCAUCCUCGUCACCUGCCCUUCUCAUCCCACCUUUCACUUUUGGUAUACAGGUGACUGACUUGUAUUAAUAAACAGGUAUCAACACUUCUCCCUCCUCCCCCCUUUCUGUCCUACCUACCUUCCUUCCUUCCCUUUGCACCCUUCAUCCCCUCCCUUCCCUUCCUUUCCUUCCUUCUAUUUUUAUAUACUCUUAUCUACUUUGUUUGUUGUUCUUACCUUCCUUUCUUUCCCUUCAUCUUACCUAUUCCAAGCUCUUCCUCCUACCUUACCUUACCUUGCCUUACCUAACCUAACCUAACCUAACCUCAUCCACACUCUUCCCUACUCUCUUCCUCUGUCUUCCCACCUUACCUUACCUUACCUUACCCACACUCUCCCCUUUCCUUCCUACCUUCCCUUCUCUCCACCUCCACCUCCCUACCUUCUUCUACUCUUAUCUUACCUCCCCUUCCCUUCGUUUCUCUCCCUCCUUCCCUCCCUUCCUCCUCCACCUUCCCUUCCCUCCUCCACACACUUCCAAGGACGUGUUACUCUCUGAAAUCCUUCCCACCAGAUCCUACGCCAUCACCCAACCCGUUCACCUCCAUUCCAUCCCCCCCCCCCCCUUCACCACCACCACUAUCAACACCACCACAUACAUAAACACCACAUCUUAUAACGUAACCUGAUAUUUUAUUUUCCUAGAUUGCCCCUGUUCCACUCUCUCUCAUUUAUCCUCCUCCUCCUCCUCCACCUCCACCUCCUCGGUUUGCUGACGUGCUGAACCUCUCAACGCCACCACAAGCAUGAGUGGCGGGUUAACGGCUGCCGGGCUGGUGAUGCUGCUGCUGGCCCUCAUCGGCGGCAGCGUCGGCAUCUACUACGCCUACAUCUGCCUCCAAGCCCGGCCGCUGCGUCCCAAGAAGUACAAGGACGCUGAGCACGGCCCCCUCAUCUCCCCGGACCCCGACGUCAACGGCAACCACGAAGACGUCCCCCUCGAGGCCUCGGCACCGCUGGGCGAGGAGGUCAGCGAAAAUGAGAAGCUCCACCUCGAUGAGCCUGACUCAAGCUCCCCAGCCCCACAGGACGACGCCUCUGCCAAGCCACCGAAGGAAAAAGAGGAUGUUCUUAUCUCGGUGGAAGAUGAUGUUCCCCCGGCCAAGGUCGCACACGAAAAUGAAACCGCCCCCGCCGCCAGUCAGUCCGCUCCCCUAGGCUUUGUGGUGCCGAUUCCCAUGGCCGCAUCACAGGAAGCUCCGUUAGAUCACCACCCACAGCCGAUAAAUGCCCAGCCGCAGCCUGAGCCACAGUCACAACCACAGCCCCAACCACCACCACCUCAGCCACAGCCAGAGCCAGCAAAAACCGAGGCACCUCCAUGUAGCAAAGCCCCCAUCCCUGUUUACAUCCCUCCGCCGCAGCAGAAGAAGCCCAUAGCCAUUAGUGACGAGGAGGACGGCUUGCUGCUCCAGGAACCGCCGCCCCAGGAUGACAGCCUCAACAACGACCUCUGUGCCACCCUGCCCAUCUCACACUCCCCUCAACAGCUCGCCCCAAGGGAAGAGUCAGAACCCACACCUCAGAACAACCCGCCGGCCAGCCCACCGAAGCCUGAAGCCCAGCCUGUGGUCGUGGUGGUGCCAAACGUGAUGUCAAGUGCCCCAGAGAAGGAGGAAGCGAAGCCUGUGGGAAGGGCGCCGGAUCCACUGCUUUCUGAGGACCAUGAUGAACCCGCACCACUCCGCAUGAAGGAGGAUGACGAACACCUACCGAGUGCUCCCGCCAUCAAUGACAUCAACAAGGCAACAGAUAUUCCCACUGUAGAAUCAGCACCAACAGCAGAGUCUCCAGCAACAAAGCCAACCCCAACAGCAGAGUCAAUCCCUCCAGAGACUCUACUUGAAAAACCACCACAGGAUCCCAUCAAUAAGGAGACUUGUGGUGACUCAGAUGACUCACUCCCCACAGAUGCCCCACAGGACUUGAGUGAAGCAGCGCCUGAGUGUGUUGAGGCCACUGAGGCUGCAAAGAGCUUGCCUGAAGAUGACAAGACAAAAAGCUCACCAGAAGAUGCAAAAGUAGAUGAAGAACCAAGAGCAGAUUCUCCUUGCAGUGUGUCAUCCGAAGAGCAAGAUCCCCCUCUUGUCGUCGCUGAAGUUUGUGCUGCUCCUGUUGCAUCACCUGAAUCUCAACCUCAGCCCAAGGAAGAGUCAGAGGAGGCUGUAACAAGGGAUGCCCCGGCCUCUCCCCCAGCAGCCCCGGAGUCGCCUAGUGUGAGCCCAGCACCGAACACAGCGGAGGAACAUUUGCCACUCGCCGCCAAUGAGGAUCUUGAGCCCAAUGUCAUCGUACACUCGUCUGCUGAUGAGGAGGAUAAUGUGUCAGACGUUUCAUUGGACGCCUCUGAUGCAAGGGAUGAUGAUAAAGAUGUUCCAGCUGAAGCCACUCCCGCCCCUGAGCCAGACACUCACCCCGCCAAGGAAGCUUCUGCCACUCCAUCACAGCCGCCCAUCAUUGUUGUGGACACCCCCAGUGCUCCACUGGAAGCUUACAGGGCCCUGCCUGAUGACCUUUCAGAUGAGGAAGGCAGCCCCCUCCCAGUCAUAAGGGAGGAGGGCAGCACAGAAAACAUCUCCGAGGGCACAGACACUGAGAGCAGCGAGCCAGAAGUGACUGAGUAUUCCUUUUCCUCAGGCCCCUCGGCUCCCUCCACCACCGGUGUUCUAGCAAACGAAGUCAGCUGUGCCAUGGAGCCCAAAGUGACCAAGUUCACCCCUAUUGAUGACCUGGAUCCUUAUGAAUCUGAUGAUUCAGAGAUCUCUGAUGAGGACAUGGAGGAGCAGGACCUCACCACCCCAUCAGACUCAGAGGAAGAGACUCUCAGCCCAAGCAUACCACCAGAGAGCAAGGCCAUGGAGGCAGAGAAGCCACCAGCAGCAGCUGAGAAAGACAAACCUGUUUCCGAUGACCCAAACCUUUCCAAACCAAAUGUGUCUCCUAACGUUACCUUUGACUUGUCCACCAACGGGGCAGCCCCCAGUGAGUCCCCUGCCUCAACCCCUGACGCAGCAGCAGACAAGCUCCCGGAGGAAGAAGCGUCAGACUCAGCGGUCUCUGACUCAGAAUCUGAUGGUGCUGAAGCUGAGGCCGAACUCAAGGAGGAGAUGGUCAGCAUACCUGCCGUGGUCUGUAACAAUACCAACAACCACGUCGCUGAAUCCCCAGAGCCUCCUUCAGCAAACCACACCGGCAACCCCACAGAGACCUGUCCUCCCAAGGCACAGCCGCCCAAGACUUCACAAGGGAAUGGCGACUCACUAGAAGAGAUUCCAAAGGUCACAGACGAGGGCGAUGGAUUGUCAGUCUCAACCUCCGAGUCCUGCGACCUCUCAGACGGGGAGCUGACGACAUCCACCCCCAAGAAGUCAAUGAUUCCAAGAUUACUCAAGCAGAGUGAGGCUUGAAUGUGAUGUCAGUCAGUAGGUGAAGCUGUGGCGCUCAUUAUGUGAUAAAAGUGUGCAUAGAGUCAAAGAAUGUGUUCUGUUCAUGAUAAUACUGCUGAAGGCUGCCUCCUGUGCUGCUGGUUGAGUUACCAUUGUCCGGCAUCCUUGAGGCAGUGGCUGGCAUGGCUGUGGCCUCUUCACUUCAUGUUUGUGGAACACUCAAGGACACUGGCAUGUAGGCAGUUAAGGUUUUAUGUAUGUUUAUAGUAAUCUGCAUGUUUAGCAUGGAAACAUUUUGCUAUGAAGUGAUAUUUUUCAGUGACAAAUGUUUCUGGAUAUUACUGUUUAUAUAAGAAGUUUUAUUGAAAGAGAUUUGUCUCAUCAUCAAAUCUAAGCCAUGAACAAGAUAGCUAAUUUUCUUUUCGGUUUUGUAACAAUGUGUCGCCUUUUUGUAAACCUGGACACUAAUCUUCUGACGUUCUCAAAAAAUUGACAAACUUCUAUACAGCGCUGUAGCUUGCUGUGCUGGUGCCUUUGCUGUUAUGUUUGACGUUCAAGGAUACAUUGUUUAUCGUGUUUUUUGCUGUGAUAUCCAAAAGACUUGAAGCACCAAAGUCUAGCUUGUGUGCACUGAGUUAGCGCUCACCUCCAUUAUCUUGGCAUUCACAGUUUAGGAAAACCCAUCAUGUUGCUUGGUGUUGUUGGUUGUAGCAUGCAGGAGCCGGAGCUGGAGCCUGAGGAGGACCCUGAGGUGUAGGUGUAUUGUCAAGGUUGUGGAGUGUGGCACGGGGCCCGGGGCAGCCUCACGCGGGGCUGCCACCGAGGCCCGCCGCCACCACAGUUGCCAUAAUGUGUGAACUCCCGCUGGGGGUUGAGGGUGUGCAGGUCGCUCACUCUACACAUGCAGUUUUUACACAAGCUUCAUUCCUAAUGUCUUUUCCUUGUUCCUAAGAGCAAAUAGUUGUACUGCAGAUGGGGUUCAGUAUUCUUAAGUUUUUGUGACUGUGCCUUGUUGGGUGCAAAGGAUGCAGGCAUUGUCAGCAGCAGAUUAAGUCUUUUCGUGCCUAUUUUAUGCACUCACUGUGAAGUUUUGUGUUUGUUUAUCUUUGUUGCAUGUCUCUGCAAAACAAAAGACUAUACAGUACCAGAAAUAAGAUUUAGUACAUAUUAGGUAGUGAAAAAUAUAUCUAUCAUAUGCAGAAUUUUUUAGGCAGCUGGUAAUUCUUCAACAGCAUAAAGUUUUUGCUUUUAUACUUUUGUGUAAAGCACAGCUGCGGGAGAUAUCCAGAGUUGUCAAACAUUGUAGUCCACACGUGGUAGAGUUAAGCACCGUAACCAAGGCAUGAUUUGCCCUUUUAUACCCGAGCCAUAUAUGAAAUAUUAUUUUUGUAACCAACACAGAAAUGGAAUAGUAGUGCAGCAACACUUAUUUUUGUAUUGAAAAUUAACCACACAUUGUCAAGUGCUGUAAGGUGUUCAGUGUCACUUUUAUGGGGCUUGGCUUAUAAGGAAAACCUCAUCCCUUAGCAUCAGCCGUACAGCUUUUUCUUAUUGCCAUUCCAAACUUUACAAGACACAGUUUACAAGACACGCUUUGGUGUGAGGCGGACUCCUGGAGAAGAGGUAGAACAGUUUGCAUGUUGGUAAUGAACGUUUCAUUAGAAAUUUCUGUCUUCAAAUGGAAUUCAAUAUUAGUUUUUAAUCCAUAGUCUUAUGCACUGGUCAGACUGUAGGUGAAUGAUACACACACACAUACACACACACACACACACACACACACACACACUGACACACACACACACACUGACACACACACACACAGAACAAGACAAACUUAACCUUUUAUUUCUUAUUCCGGGAAGGAGAGUUGCAUCGUCAAGUAGUUUCCGUUUGUUUGUGCUGAAGGCGUGUCCGCGGCCUUGGCACGCUGGUAGGCAACACUGUGUUCAAGCCAUGACGUUUUUGUGCAAUGAUGGUCGCCCCAGUCUGUGUGUGAUGGGAGUCGGUGCAGGAAGGUAAUCAUUCAUCGUGUGGAGGUUGUUAGGCCUUCAUCAUUUUGUAAUGACUUUGUUCUAACAGUUGUGUGUGUUCCAUGAGGAUGGCUGAUUCCCUGUAGCAGCUGUUUUUGUAUUUGUAAUGGCUUCUCGCAUAGUUGGUUUUCACAGCUACUCUAGGAAUGGAAUUUUAUUUUUAUCCAUAUAUUUAUUUACAUGCUGAUGAUGAUGAUAUUCAUUCAGCUUAUGAAAGCGUAACUAGUGUCCUAAUUUAUUAUAUUGUCAUUGUCCUGCUUUAGUGAACUAGUAAUGGCAUAAAUUGCAUGGUUUCCCUUUGUUUUAAGUCAUCUUUGUGUCUGAUUAAGCAUAAUGAAACAUUUUAUACAUUAUUAUGAUUAAGCUUAGUGAUAGCGUGUACCGUAAGGCAUUGGAAAGCUGCUAUUAUCUCUGCUAUCGGCCUGGGUGGUGUUUGUAGCGUUUUGUUAGCCACUGAGAGAGAGACAGACAGAGAGAGGGAGGGAGAGAAUGUUUGCUGCUUAUAGCUAUCGACGUGCUCAUGUGUCUUGGUUCAGCGAGGUCGCCACUAAAGAAUGCAACACAUAUACAUUCACAUCUCAGCUCGUGUGAUGGCGGCUGAAACGUCCUUAACUAAUUAUGCUUAAGUUUCAACUGGUGUAGUGUUAGACAAGAUACUGGGGCUUGCAGGUGUGUUCCUGGGUCCACCUUCUCAAACAUUUCAGAGCUUACACACAUUAACAAUUCCUAGGUCUUUUGUUGAAGUUGUGGGAGUUUCCAUGGGUACUUUUAUGAGCCUAGUGGGAGUUUCCGUGGGUACUCUUAUGAGCCUAGUGGGAGCUUCAUUGUGGGAGUUGCCAUGGGUACUUAUAUGAGCCUAUUGGUAGUUUCAUUGUGGGAGUUUCCAUGGGUACUUUUAUGAGCCUAGUGGUAGUUUGACAAGGAAAACACUAAUGAGAACCCGACUGCCAUCUACCCCCUGUCACUGAACCUAUUAUUCUUGCUUCUCAUUACUCCAUAAGCUUUGUUAAAUGUAAAUAUGUCAGUGUAUGCUAAGCUGAUCCAGAAGCCCUGCCCCCUCUUUCAUUGCUGUGGGAGUUGAUGGGUUGGAUGAAAGAAGGCUGGAGUUAGUUGUCAAUGUUACCUUGGAGGAAGGGGGGGGGGAGGAGCAUAGUUUGGUAUCCUUAGAUGCUGCCGACCCUCGCAUCAAUUAUUUUCAAGGGCCAAAAAAGUGGUAAAAUGCAUUCUUAUGAGUGUUUAGGUCCUAGAGUUCAUAGUGCAGAAACCUUGCCAUAAAACUACCCAUGGAAAAGCCCACAACUCUUAGGAAAGCCAUGUCAAGUGUAUGUGCUUGGGUGACAAUGUUUAAUAAUAUGGCCCAUAGCUUCUGGACCCAUCUAGUAGUGUACAGUGUCUAUAGUUUCACGAGUAGGCAGCGAGCUUAGAUUCCCCCACCCCCCCACCCCCCCUCCCACACUGACACUGGCAAUUCCUCAGUACCUUGUCCAUCACUAUACGUUCUGCAAGUGACCAUUUGAUUUUAAGGCCAGCAAACUCCUCUAAACUUAAGGUAAAUUUAACUGUAUCCAUGCCAUUUAUGCACCAUGAAUAAAGGUCUGUAAGCUA